AUGGGUAAAGGAAAGCCUAGAGGACUCAACGCCGCGCGCAAGCUCCGGAACAACCGCCGUGAGCAGCGCUGGGCCGAUCUUGCCUACAAGAAGCGUGCCUUGGGUACCGCAUUCAAGUCGUCGCCGUUCGGUGGCUCGUCCCACGCCAAGGGAAUCGUUUUGGAGAAGGUCGGUGUUGAGGCCAAGCAACCCAACUCUGCCAUCAGGAAGUGUGUCAGGGUUCAGCUCAUCAAGAACGGCAAGAAGGUUACUGCUUUCGUCCCCAACGACGGUUGCUUGAACUUCGUCGACGAGAACGACGAGGUCCUCCUGGCCGGUUUCGGUCGCAAGGGCAAGGCCAAGGGUGAUAUCCCUGGUGUGCGCUUCAAGGUCGUCAAGGUUUCGGGUGUCGGUCUGCUGGCUUUGUGGAAGGAGAAGAAGGAGAAGCCCAGGUCUUAG